AUGGCGGCAAUGAGUUACAGAGACUUUAUAAUUAGUUUAAUUGCAGAAAUAGAAGCUCCAAUUCAGAGGCGGGUCAUUCGGGAUAGAACUGACCCGAUGAAAUUAGAAGAUGAUAUAUUCAAGAAGCAGUUCAGGAUAUCCAAAUCAAUCUUACAUCAAUUGAUGUUGGAAUUGAGACUCCCGCCGUCGGAUAUCCCCGAUUACAUUCGACUGGUUUUCCUGGAGUUGUUGGGGCAAUUGAUUGCACCCAUAUUGCCACUAUUGCUCCAAACAAGAGGCACCAGAAUAGCUCUGCCUAUUUUAAUCGGAAGGGUUUUUUUUUCCAUCAAUGUGCAGCUGAUUGUUGAUUCCUCCAUGUUAAUCUUGGCUGCAAGAGCUGGAUUUCCUGGAAGUGUCCACGACUCAUUCAUUUGGAGGGGCAGCUCAAUUCGUCCACAUUUAGAGCAAAAGUUCAGGCGUGAUGGCAACCUGUGGUUAAUAGGUGAUAGUGGUUAUCCACUCGAACCAUGGCUCAUGACACCAUAUCCAAAAGAAGAAACUGCCAGACAAACAAGAUUCAACCGCAAGCUUGCCUCGGCUAGAUCUUGUGUUGAAAGGUGUAAUGGUGUCCUAAAAGCUCGUUUUAGAUGCCUAUUUAACCAUAGAACACUACAUUAUCAGCCAUACAUUGCUUCCCAGAUCAUUUUGGCAUGCUGUGUUCUUCAUAACAUGUGCAUGCUCCAUAAUGUUGAAUGGGAAGAGUCUGAUGUAGACAAUAGUGUACAACCUGAUACGACGCCCCCUACUUUCAUUGCCCCAAAUAAUGUUUUACAGGUUGCAAAAAGAAUUAGAGACCGCAUUGCUAGCAACUUAAGGUAAAUUUUGAUGAUGAACCAUGUCCUCCCUCUUUUCUUGAUCAUAUUACAGUGAAACUUCGGUAAGUCGAACUUCAAUGAGCCAAAAUCUUUGAUAAGUCGAAGUGAAUUCCCGCCUACUUGUAGGGAGUACUAAUGUUAUAUAUUUUCGAUAAGAUGAAUUUGAUAAGUCGAAAUAUUCAAUAAGUCGAAUUUUAUUUCAUUGACUGUCAUCAAAAUUUCCUUGUUAAUGUAACUCUAUUAGUCAAAAAC